UAGUACUCUUCUCUCGGGCAGAAAAAUGAGCUGUACGACCGGUCUUCCAAUAUGGCGGCUCCCACAUGCAUUGGCCAACAGGGCGCCGCCAUACUCUCUCACAACGUCUUUGUCUAAGAGACCGAAAGCUGAGCGGAGCCUUCGUCAGUGGAAGGACGCCCCCGGGGUGGUGGUUUGGCAGCCUGUAGUCUCGGAUGCCACAGACGUUAAACUUGACUCUGUGAGGUGGAGCAGUCGCGUCUGAAGCCGAAGCGAUGGGCCGUGGCCCUUGCCACCCACCCAACUGGGGCGCGAAGGCUCUAUUAAGGGGUCUCAGUUUCGCGUUCUGGGAGCGGAAUAAGGUUGAGCGAGGUCCUGGCUUCCUGGGAUAAAAUAGUUCGUAUGAGGGAAGGAAGUGAAGAUACGAAGAUCCACACUGCAUCCUUGACCAGAGACCUUGAACUAGAGCUUCUGAAUAGAGCCCAGAAUCAACAACAGAGCAGAUACAGAUUUUCUGAUGGUAUAUAAGGGCUCCAGAAAAUGUCCAAGUCCCAAGAAUGUUCUCUUUCAGGGGUCACUGUCAUUCAAGGAUGUGGCUGUGGUUUUCACGUGGGAGGAGUGGCAGCUACUGGACCCCGUUCAGAAGAACCUGUAUCAAGAUGUGAUGUUGGAAAAUUAUAGCAACCUAGUAUCAGUGGGGUAUCAAGUUACCAAAGCAGAUGCAUUCUACCAGUUGGAACAUGGAACACCAUGGAUAACAGAGGAAGAAAUCCAGAGUCAGAUUCAUCCAGAAGACACCUGGCAAGUUGAUUGUCAUACAGACGGGCACCAAGAAAAUCAAGGCAACCUUGAAACUAUGGAGAGUCACCACAAAAAUAAUGCAUUUAGAAAAAUAUUAUCUCUAAGCCUAAACUUUGAUGUCCCUUUAGCACAAAGAUCCCAUACAUUUGACAUACUUGGGAAACAUUUGAAACCUAAUGUAGAGUACAUUAUUCAGAAUAAAAGCUGUGCAAGAAACAAAGUUGAAUUUAAUGGAUAUGAUGAAUUAUUUCUUUAUACUAAACGUGAGAAAAUUCAUACUGGCGAAAAAUACAAUGAAUAUAAUGAACAUUUAAAGGCUUCCAGCCACAAGUCACAGCUUAUAAAACAUCGGAAAACUAAAACAGGAGAGAAACAGCGUAACUGCAGUGACUGCAAGAGAGCCUUUCCCCAGAAGUUAGACCUCAUUAAGCAUCAGCAAACACACACCGGAGAGAAACCCUGUGGUUGCAGUAGGUGUGAGAAAGCCUUCAGCCGGAAAUCCCAUCUCAUUUUACACCAGAGAACCCAUACAGGAGUGAAACCUUAUGGAUGCAAUAAAUGUGGGAAAGCUUUUACUGAUAAGUCAUGCCUUAAUAAACACCAGAGAGCUCACACAGGAGAGAAACGGUUUGAAUGUCGUAUAUGUCAAAAAAGCUUCGGUGAUAAGUCACAACUCACUUCACAUCAAAGAACUCAUACAGGAGAGAAGCCCUACAGAUGUGGUGAGUGUGAGAAAAGCUUCAGCAACAAGUCACAGCUCAUUAUUCAUCAGAGAUCUCACACGGGAGAGAAACCCUAUGGCUGUGAUAAAUGUGGGAAAACAUUCCCCCUUAAGUUUAGCCUCAUUUUACAUCAAAAAACUCAUACAGGGGAAAAACCUUAUGGAUGCAGUGAAUGUGGAAAAGCCUUCAUCCAGAGAUCUGAGCUCAUUAGACAUCAGAGAACCCACACAGGAGAGAAACCCUAUCAUUGCAGCGAAUGUGGAAAAGACUUUAGUGUAAAGUCACUCCUCAAUACUCACUGGAGAACUCAUACAGGAGAGAAACCCUAUGGGUGCAGUGAAUGUGGAAAAACCUUCUCCAUCAAGUUUAGUCUCAUCCUUCACCAAAGAACACAUACGGGUGAGAAACCUUAUGAAUGCAAUCAGUGUCAGAAAGCUUUCACCCAAAAGUCACACCUCACUAUUCAUCAGAGGUCUCACACUGGAGAGAAACCUUAUGAAUGCAGUGAAUGCCACAAAGCCUUCAGCCGGAAGUCCUAUCUCCUUAUUCAUCAGAGAAUUCACUCGGGAGAGAAACCUUAUGAAUGCCUCCAGUGUGGGAAAACUUUCUCCCACAAGUUUAGCCUUAUUAUUCAUCAGAGAAUCCAUACAGGAGAGAAACCCUAUGGAUGCAGUGAAUGUGGGAAAACUUUUCCUAUCAAAUUUAGCCUCGUUUUGCAUCAGAAGACACAUACAGGAGAGAAACCCCAUGAAUGCAGUGAAUGUCAGAAAUCUUUCGUCCAGAAGUCACAUCUUAUUAUACAUCAAAGAACUCACACAGGAGAGAAACCUUAUGGAUGCAGUGAGUGUUGGAAAACUUUCUCCCACAAAUUCAGCCUCAUUUUACAUCAGAAAACUCAUAGAGGAGAGAAAUCAUGAAUGAAGUAAAUAUUCAGAAGUUGUCAUUGAAAGUGAAUAGCUGAUUACACUAGAGUUUACAUAGGAGUGAAACCUUAAGACUACAGAUGUGGACACAUUUUUUUUUUCC